AUGACUUCCGCUCCCGCUGCCGAUAGCAGAAGAAUUUUAUGGGUGUCGUUCGAUGGCACCCUAGCUGGUGGUUUCGCCAGUUCCCGCGAAACCGUUGUCUCGGUCCUACCCACUUUGAUCUCCAAGGCCCACAACGUUAUUCCGAUUAACUUUAGUGGCGUCGGCUCUGACGAUAGUUGGUACGAUCUGUUUUGGGGAGGGGUUUGCGGUUGGGGAACAAGACGCAACGUCAUCAGCGCUUACAGGGCUUGGGCUGCUCGAUACCUGUCGCUCAUAUUGAGUAUUGUCGGUCUACCCGUACAUGGCGACAAUGAAUUCUUCCACGCCUUGUACAGAGAGUGCAAAGAGAACCCUAAUUUCGAAUCGUUUAUCACUCAAAUACUCGUCGACUAUGAACGACAUACUGAUGUCGAAGUCGAGGCCCAGUGUUGUUUUGACACUGUUGGUUCCCUGGGCCUUCCUCUCUUCGGACUAGCUAAGCCGUUAGCUUUCCUUCGUCGGGGAAAGAGCAAGGACAGUAGUGUCUCGACAGUUCCAAACAACGUCAAGUAUUCCUUUCAUGCCCUUUCACUACACGAGACGAGAGAACCUUUCAGUCCGACGUACAUGACCGGAGAGAACGUCCAUCAAGUCUUCUUCCUCGGUAACCAUGGCGACUUGGGUUGGGUAGUUGUCGGGCAGGAAAGCUUUGUUCAUGCUGCUCUCGCGUGGAUGAUUCAACAGCUUCACUCGCAUUCGAAGAUCGAAUUCGAUGACGACAAACUCAAACGAUACUUUAACAGCUAUCUCCCCGACCUGGUUCCAACAUCUGACGGUUCAGGCGGCACUACGAUUCCGUCGGCUCAUUAUGGGUGGGCAACCGGUCACUUUACGCGUACGAGCCCUGCGCUUCUAGCAAUCAUGGGGAAGAAGGUGCGCAAACCAUACAAGCUUGCACUCGGUCGUCGUGCUCUCGAGGGAGGCCCGGAUGGCAGCGAGAGUCCUCGUAUCAGUGCCUGUGCAGCACAUCACAUCCCGGAGAUCCAGAUCCACAUUGGCGCUCGCGAGUCCACAGAGGAAAAUGUCGUACCAGGCUACACCCUCAAGGCCCCCAUUAAAGGCCAACCGUACUGGGCGAGACGCGGCAGUUCCAACCGGUCACUACGAUCGCGCAAUCAUAGCCGGGACUGCGUCCGUGUUCAGGAGCUCAACGAACCGAGCAGACUUGCUUCUUUGCCUGAGUCCGAGACAGCAAGUAGCCAUGAGCAAGCCCAUGACCACAUGUACGAGGCAGCAGUUGGCCGUCUGGAGGCCUUACUUCUGGGACUACCAGCUGAACUUGUAUCUGCUGAGCCCUGUUGCAAGGGACUCUCGGAGCGGAACUAA